AUGUUGGACGCAGCCCAAGCUACACCAGGACUCGACUAUUCGGUAUUGAAACAAGUACCAGGAAUCUUGAGCAGUCAUAUUGCGAUUAAGAGUCCCUCUUUGAGAGAGCGGUCCUAUGGUUACGGCUGGAUUCGAACUCAGCUCCCUGGCGUUGUUGGCUUGGUGAGAGACAAUGCCGGACUAUGGGACAUGAAAGACAGCCCAGUUCUUGGCACGCCGGACCAGCUACUCUUGAUGAUUUACCAUCAAGGAAGCACGGUCGGCUACUACACGUUUAUAGCUCUGUUUCCUGGUAGCAAAUCGGCUAUAGCUGUUCUCACCAACUCUAUCGCUGUUAGUGACGCAGCAGAUUGGAUUGACCGAAUCUUCAUUCGAGCCUUGUUUGAUCUUCGAGAUAACAAUGACUACGUCAAAUUGGCAGAGGAAGGAAACAAAAGAGUCAUCAAGAGUUAUCAAGAUAGGAUCAACGCAGGGGAUGAGUUGAGGGAGAAGCAUGAUGGCGGUCAGCAAAUAUCCAGGUUAGAAGCUUAUGUCGGCAGAUACAACAACCCAAGUAAGCCCUUUCACAUCGUUAUUAUGUUGCCAGAGGAAAACAAUUCAGAACUUGUGUUGCAAUUUCAGGGGCUGAAGGACCGGACUUAUGCACUGCGACACCUAUAUCAUCAUGUCUUUGAUUGGGUGCUCACUCAUGAUGAGGCGAAAAGAAGGGGAAGAUAUCCUGACACGAGCUUGGAAAUUUUUUGGUUUAAAUUUGAGUUGGAUAAACAUGGCCACGUCAAUUCAUUGAUAUGGGUGAUAGACCUUAUUGGAUCAACAAUAGAAAUAUUCAUGAAAGUUGAUGUUCAUAACUAUGGAUUCUGCUGA